GCAGGCUUUAGGCUUAGGUCAGGCUGGGAACCCUCGUGGGCAGCUGGUGACCCUCCUUCAAAUGACCAUGGAGGCAUUUGCCAAGCCAGAUCAGGCCCUAAUGCCUGAUUGGCUGGUCUCUCUCUCUCUCUCUCUCUCUCUCACACACAAACACAAACACACACACACACACCAUGGCUCUGGCAAGUGAAGAGCGGCAGGCGCCUCGCCUGCUCCCUGAUCUGAUCUCUUUCCGGAAUUCAGACACCACCAUCUCUAGGGGAGGCGUGCAGGGGUCACCAAGGCAGCCAGAGAACCAGAUUGAGAGUCCGCAGGCAGCAGCAGAGACACCCUUCAUGGCGAUCCUCUUGGCUGCCACUUGCAUUGCCAGGCCUCUUGCUCGGCUGACCCUGAGAGCUCCGCACUGCAAGGAUGGCGCUGCCAUCAGCCUGCGAUUGCUUCCAGAGGUUCAGGCCGCAGCCUCUGCUUGGAGGAGCCAACGCUGCUACGCAACAGAGGUGGAAGAGAUCAGCCAGCGACCUGUCCUUAUUACGGGCUGUGACUCGGGCUUUGGCUUCUCCUUGGCCAAAUUCCUCCACGGGAAAGGCUUCAUCAUCUAUGCUGGGUGCCUGCUGAAGGAACAAGGCCGGGGGGGCUCAAAGGACCUGGACAACAUGAAGAGUGACCGAAUGAGGACCGUCCAGCUCAACGUCUGUGAUAGUGAGGAGGUGGGGCGUGCAGUGGAUUACGUGACCAGCACCUUGAAGGAUCCAGAGACCGGAGGGCUCUGGGGUCUGGUCAACAACGCUGGCAUUUCCACUUUUGGAGAGGUGGAAUUCACCAGCAUGGACACUUACAAAGAGGUGGCCGAAGUGAAUCUCUGGGGCACCAUCCGGACCACCAAGGCCUUCCUGCCCUUGAUACGGAGAGCCAAAGGCCGCGUGGUCAACAUCAGCAGCAUGAUGGGCCGGAUGGCCAACCCUGCCCGCUCCCCUUACUGCAUCACCAAGUUCGGGGUGGAGGCCUUCUCCGACUGCCUGCGCUAUGAGAUGCGCCCACAUGACGUGAAGGUCUGUAUCGUGGAGCCGGGCAACUUCAUUGCCGGCACCAGCCUCUACAGCCCUGAGCGCAUCCAGUCCAUUGCUGACAAGAUGUGGGACGAGCUGCCAGAGAUUGUGCGCCGCGACUACGGGCGGAAGUACUUUGAUGAGCAGAUUGCCAAGAUGGAGUCGUAUUGCAACAGCGGCUCCUCAGACACCUCCCCGGUGGUCGAGAGCAUCGGCCACGCCCUCACCUCCACCACGCCCUACACCCGCUACCACCCCAUGGACUAUUAUUGGUGGCUGCGCAUGCAGGUCAUGACUCACAUGCCCGCGGCCAUUUCCGACCGCCUCUACAUCUACUGAGAGUGGGGGGAUCCCCCUGGAGCCAAACUGGCGAGUGACGGUCACGCUAAAGGUUACACUGUACAAUACUCCAGCAGCCGCUCGGUUAGUUUGUUUUUAAACUCUGUAUUUUAGGCUUGUGAUUAAUUUAAACAUUGGGACGUAAUUUAACCCCUUGCAUGGUGUGUUGGGUAGGCAGGACUAUCUCAUGUCUUUCAGGGGACUCCGAUGAGGUUAUUUAUUUAUCCCAUUAUUUGCCUGGCUUGCAUUGGCCUUAGGGGAGCUUGGCCAUCUCCUUCCUUCAGAGCUGGCCAUCCCCUCUUGGAGAAAGGCUGCCCACCCAGUCCUGGGCAGCCUGGGGCUCAUCCUUGCUGUGGGGGGGGGCAGCUGGCCUUCAGAGUCCUUUGUUGUGGCCACAGGGCUAGGGGGCUGGGGGGGAAGGAUCACAGCAGCCAGGGGCCAGUUGUCCACACCUAUCUUUGCACACUCCUUUUCAAGGGGCGCCAUGGACCAAGCGCCAUCAAGCCCCUCUCCCUACUGAGGAGCUUUGACCACGGCCUCAACCCUUUGGGGGUUCUGCCAAUGCACAGAGUUCCUCCUGCAAGGGAGGGGGCAGCCUGCCUUUAGUCAGGGCUCCCAGACUGAGUUCUUUGCACUAGGCUCCCUGGUGUUGAUGGGUGGUGGGGAAUCGCAGGGCAGGAGGGAGGCCUCCUAUCAGCAUAAACCACCCACAGCUCGGGAGCCACCGUGGAUCACUCCAAUAUGGCCAUGAAGGUCAUUUUCCUCUUGGCACUUAAACUCCUUCCUCCAGCCGGUCGGGCUGAGCACAGUGCCUACCCAAUCCUAACCCAUGAAGUCUGUGUGACUGAAUGGCUUCUGGCUGUCAAUCCCUGACCAUGGCUGUUGCCCCUCCAAGAUGGUCUUGUCGGGCAUCUGGCAGAGAUUUGGCACAUCCGUCUGUCACCAGGGGUCGGGGGCCUCGUGGGGGCCUGUGGCUGGCAGCAGAGGAGGUCAAGGGAGCAUCACCCCCCAAACAGCAAGCGGGAGGGACUGUGAUUGGAUGUCCUCUCUUUCAGUGAACAUUAAACCAUGUGACAAACUUGCCUGAA